AUGGAAGAGGGAAGGAGAUCUGGUGACCCAUCUGGGUAUAUAAUGAAGAAUAGGAGCUCUUCAGGUUGUUUGAUUGUGAGAAAGAAAGGCAAUGAUGGUGCGGGAGGAGUGGGGUCUUCUGGUUCACAUAAGGUUUUUGAGUCAAAGAAAGAGAAAAGGAGGCUCAGGGUAGAAUAUAGUGAUUCAGGGUCUAGCGAUGAGUUGUUAAUGCCACCGCGUAGAAGGGUAGGUCCUGAAACAUUGAGGGUGUGCAAUGGUUUGAGUGGUUAUGAAGAGAGAGAUAUUGGUAGGAAGAGAAGCAGGGGGAGAGUAUUAGGCGUAAUGAGGAAUGGGGAGGAUUUGGGUGAAAGGAAGAGGAAUAAGUUGGAUGUGUUUGAGUUUGAUGAGUAUGAUGGGAAUGAUGUGGAAAUGUUGAGGAGGCAGCAGUUUGAUGAUGGUGGAAUGGAAGGAAGGAGGUAUUUUGGGUCGAUGAUGGCAGGGAGAAGUGGCAUUGCGAGGAAAUACGAGUCAGGGUCCAGUAGGCAUGCUGUUGUAGAUAGAAGAAAGAGUUCGUAUUUUGAGAGGUCAGGUGGGUUAAGUCAGGGAGGAGACAGAGGUGGAGAUCGGUCAUCCAUGUCAUUUUUUAGGGAUAAUUAUGAAUCUGAUGAACCCAUUAGGGUUCAGGGGAAAAAUGGUGUUUUAAAGGUGAUGGUCAACAAGAAAAAGAAGGUCGGUGGGCCUUUGAAUAGUUAUGAUCGUUUGGAAGCUGAGGAAAACAGAAAGGGUGUGAGAACAGCAGAUACUGUCAAGAGGAAUGUUCUAAUCCGUCCUCCAGUCUACUCUGAUCCUAAAAUUGUUGACAAAGCUGGUUCAGUUUCUAGGACAGAGAAGAAUGAGAUGAAUAUGAAGAAAUCGGUGCCAACUAAGAAUGGUAAAGUCAGUGAUGGGGAUUCAGAAGACAGUGAGACAUUGUUGAAGUUGGGGCCUAAGAAAGUGGAAGCUCUUAAUCUUAUGAAGACACCAUUGUCAACGAAGAAAAGCAAGGACCGUGAUAUGGAUUCUGAUGACAGUGAGACAUCUUUAAAGCUGGGACAAAAGAAUGUGGGGGCUCGUAAAUCUGUGAAGGGGACAAGUAGUGGAGGUGAAAAAACCCCUUACAGCCAACUCCCAGAAGCUAGAAUCAAAGAAGGGAAAGUUAAGCGAGGUAGUGGCACAGAAAAACAGAAGUUGCGCGAACGUAUACGGGAGAUGCUUCUGAAUUCAGGCUGGACAAUAGACUACAGGCCUAGAAGGAACAGAGACUACCUGGAUGCAGUUUAUAUAAAUCCUACUGGGACAGCUUACUGGUCCAUCAUCAAGGCAUAUGAUGCACUUCUAAAGCAAUUAGAAGAGGAUGAGGCAAGAUCCAGGGCUGAUGGUUCUCCAUUUACACCUUUGUCAGACGAGGUGCUCAGUCAACUAACAAGGAAGACAAAAAAGAAGAUUGAGAAAGAAAUGAAAAGGAAGAAAAGAGAAGCCAGCGAGAGUGAGGAUGCAAGAGAAACUGCUACAAGAAAGUCUUCAAGUAUCAGGUAUGAUGAAGAGAGCCUGGACAGUGGUAGCCGUGAAGAGAAACUAAGUUCCUUUCUAAAGCAUGGCGGUAAGUCAUUGAAGAGCAGAAUAAGUGGCAAUGGUUCUGUCGGUAUAAACUCAAAAGGUGAGAGUUCCACACAUCAUUUACAUGACAGCAUUGAGAAACCAUCAUCUGGGUCCAAUUCUCAUCAGGGAAGAAAAAGUAGAAAACUCGGCAGAUGUACUUUAUUGGUACGAAACUCUAAUGAGGGUACAAACUCGGAUAGUGAUGGUUUUGUUCCAUAUACUGGAAAGCGGACGCUCCUUUCUUGGUUGAUUGACUGUGGAACUGUGCAGUUGAGUGAAAAGGUGCGCUACAUGAAUCGUCGACGAACAAAAGUAAUGCUGGAAGGGUGGGUUACAAGAGAUGGAAUUCAUUGUGGUUGCUGUAGCAAAAUCCUCACAGUUUCAAAGUUUGAGAUCCAUGCAGGAAGCAAACUGCGCCAGCCAUUUCAAAAUAUAUAUCUAGAAUCUGGUGUUUCUCUUUUGGACUGCCAGAUUGAAGCAAUGAAUAGGCAGGAGUCAGUUAAACGCCUUGGUUUUCAAGCUGUGGACGUUGAUGGUAGCGAUCCAAAUGAUGAUACAUGUGGCCUCUGUGGAGAUGGUGGGGAUUUGAUAUGUUGUGAUGGCUGUCCUUCAACAUUUCAUCAGAGCUGCUUAGAUAUAAAGGCUCAUUCUUUUGCCAACUAUUAUGGUCAGAACGCUCGAGUAUCCUCAGUGGUUGUGCACCCAGAAAUGGCCCUCUUGAAAUCAUCGAGUGAUAAAAAUGUUCGGGCAGAUGAUAAAGCUGUCUCCAAGCUUCUCACGUAUCACAUAUCUUGCAUGCAGGAGAUUGACACUCUUUCCAUUGAUACCAAUAGUUCAGUCACUAGCUUUUGUGGGAAGAAAUGCAGAGAGCUUUUUGAGCAGUUGCAAAAAUAUCUUGGUGUUAAACAUGAACUAGAAGCAGGGUUUUCUUGGUCUCUAAUUCAUAGAACAGAUGUGGAUUCAGACACCUCUCUCCAAGGACUUCCUCAAAGGGUGGAGUGCAAUUCAAAGCUGGCUGUUUCUCUGUCUGUCAUGGAUGAGUGCUUUUUGCCAAUUGUUGAUCGGAGGAGUGGGAUCAAUUUAAUUGAGAAUGUUCUCUACAACUGUGGAUCAAACUUUUACCGGCUGAAUUUUGGUGGCUUUUAUGCUGUUAUUCUGGAGAGGGGUGAUGAAAUAAUUUGUGCAGCAUCCAUCAGGUUCCAUGGAACUCAGUUGGCAGAAAUGCCAUUCAUUGGGACUCGUCAUAUGUAUAGGCGUCAAGGGAUGUGCCGUCGGCUUUUUUAUGCUAUUGAAUCGACACUCUGCUCUCUGAAGGUUGAGAAACUGAUUAUUCCUGCAAUUUCUGAACUAAUGCAUACAUGGACAGAGGUUUUUGGUUUCACUACUCUUGAUGAAUCACUCAAGCAAGAAUUGAAGUCUAUGAAUAUGUUGGUGUUCCCUGGUAUAGACAUGUUACAGAAGCAGCUAGGGCAAGAAAAUAUUGAUGGAAAGAGGAUUACCAGCAUAGGUGCAAAUCAGAUGGAGUUUGAAGACAGUGAAUGUCUUAAAACUGAAUUAGCAAAUAAAUCUGAUGCAGAUUCUCCAUCUGAGCAUGAGCCUCGUAAUUGUGACAAUGGUAGUUUGAAACGUUCCAUUGGGAAAUAUGAAGUGGCUAGUCCAAGUUCUGAUUCCCAAUGCCCUGACAUUUCCUUGAACGAUGUCUCUACAAUGAAUAAUUCUUUAGAUGCAUCUUAUGGACUGCAAAGUGCAGCGUCACUUAAGGAGACCUUACAGACAGAUUCUGAAUCAGAAGACAAGUUGGCUGAAUCUUUUGUGGAUAAGAAAAGUGAAUGCAUCUCCAAGACAACUCAUGAUGUACCUGAGAUGGUUAAAUCCAAAUCAAAUUCUCCUGUUGAAGAUAUCUCCGAGACUUGUAGCAAGGGAGAAACAGUAGCUAUGGAUUCAGAUACCCAAAUCCCAGGUGCUUCCUUGGACGAUGCCUCCAUGAUGAACGGUUCUUUAGAUGCCUCUUGUGAACUUAAUAAUGCAGUUCCUUUUGAUGGGACUUCAUGUACUGAUUCUGAAUCAGGUGGCAAGAUACACCAAUCUUGUAGAGAAGGUGAAGUCAAUCAUGUCAAUGCGUUAAAUCUGGAUGUGUCUGUUUCUGAGGAGCUUACAACUUCAAAAUUGGUUGAAGAGAGUGAAUGUGCUUCUCAAUCAGAGGACAAGUUUGUGAAACUAACAUUGAAGAUGGAAACUAAGCCCGUAUCAGAUUCCUCUGUUGAAAACAAUAACAUGUCUUGUAAUGAAGGUUAUUUGGAUGAUGCUCUUACGGCAAGUGUCGAUAUGGCAACUCUUGAAGCUGUCCCUUCCGUAGAGAAGAAAACUGCAGAAAACUUUGCCGAGAAGAUUAAUGAGAUUUCAGGUAUAUCAGUUUCUAGAUUCAGUGGUGCUGAUGAGAAUAACAUGCAACUUGACACUGAUCCAAAUAGUGAAAUUUUCCAUGAGAAGGGAAUCAAAUUAGAUGUGCUGCUAGAGGCUGUUCCUGAUGCAGCACAUUUUGGAGGAGUUGCUUCACAUAUGCGUGAGGAGAGUUCUGGGAUUGACCCGAGUAAAGGGAAAACUGAAUCUGUCUAA